AUGGCAGCGGCUGAGGCAUAUUCAGAACAGUUUCAAGGUACCGACUGGGCCACAUGGGUGGAACGCUUGACGUUCUUCUUCGAAGCGCAAGGAAUCACAGACCCUAUUAAAAAAAGGGCCCAACUGCUUACAAGAUGCGGACCCCAGACGUUUGCGACGAUUCGAGCUUUGCUCGCUCCUCGGAGCUUGCAUGACGCCACGUACCAGGAGAUUGUGGAACUGCUCCGGAAGCACUACGACCCGCAACCCUCCGAGGUUUUCAGCAGAUGCAAAUUCCAAAGGAGAGAUCAACAAGCUGGGGAAUCCAUUAAUACCUACGUCACAGCACUGCGUAAACUUGCAGCUGACUGUAACUUCGGUGCUGCGUCCACUCCAACAGGAACAGCGGUGGAAACAGCGGCGUCAUCAACAGGUGCUGGCACCGCUACGUCGCCGGCGACUUCGUCCACGAUGCUUCCGCUUGAUAUUAUGCUCAGAGAUAGAUUUGUCUGUGGCAUAAAGGAUAGCAAUCUGCAACAACGACUAUUUGCGGAAAGGGACCUAACGUUCAGCAAAGCACUGGAUUUUGCGUUGCGGGCAGAAAUUGCAGCGGCUGAGCAACAUGGCGUGAAAGCAUCUCAGGAAGAAGUACACAAGGUAAAGCUCCAACAGAAAGACGGCAAUAGGACAAGGAAAAACCAACGCAAAGUUAGUUGCUACCGUUGUGAAGGGGCACACUUUGCAAGAGACUGCAAGUACAAGAAUGCCCGAUGUAGAUUCUGCAAGAAGGUGGGCCACAUUGAAGCUGCGUGUCGUAAGAAAAAAGCAGCUGGCAAAAGCGACACCAACCUGUUGACAGAAGACGAGGAUGGAGCAACAUCACUGGAUGAUCUCUACCAUGUCGCCCAGGAGGUAUCGAACUCCAAGUUCUUAACAACGUUACUCGUUAACGACAAGCCAGUACAGUUCGAAGUGGACUUUGGCGCGGCUUGCUCACUCAUUGCCGAGGAAAUGUACAAAAACACGUGGCCAGAAAAGCCGCCCCCACUAGCUCCGGGAACAGUACAGCUCAAAACAUGGUCGGGUGAAGGGCUCGACAUCUUGGGAUCCACAACUGUCGUGGUCCAGUCCAGGAGGAAGAAGUGCAUGUUGCCGCUAUUAGUAAUAAGGGGAUCAGGAGCAAGUCUGCUUGGCAGAAAUUGGUUUCGACCACUACAGAUCGAAGUAAGCGGAAUCAACUAUGUCAACGGCGACUGCCUAGAACGAAUACUCGAGGAACACAAAGAGGUCUUUGGAAAGGACAUCCAAGGCCACAGAGGCGAUCGGGUAGACAUCCAGCUGCAGGAUAGAGCAACGCCGAAAUUCUGCAGGGCAAGGCCUGUGCUAUUUGCCCUACGGGAAGCCGUAUGCGCAGAACUACAGUGCCUAGAACAGCAGGGGAUUAUCGAGCCGGUGCAGCAUUCCGAGUGGGCAACUCCGGUGGUGUGCGUUCGGAAGAAGGACAACACCAUACGACUAUGUGGGGACUAUCGGAGCACAAUUAAUGCAGCAGCGAUGAAGGCGGAUUAUCCACUGCCUACGCCAGACGAGGCCUAUCAACAGUUGAGAGUGACAGAGACAACCGCACAGCAGUUGACCAUCAAUACCGUGAAAGGCCUGUACAAAGUCAAGCGGUUACCAUUUGGAAUAGCAGCAGCUCCUGCUAUAUUUCAGAGGUUUGUCGAGAAGCUUCUAGCUGGCAUUGACGGCAUCGCAGUCUACCUAGACGACAUCAUUAUCAGUGGAGCAGACCAACAACAGCACAAUCGACGGCUGGCAGUACUGGCAAGACUGGAACAGUCCGGACUGAGACUUAAGAAAACAAAGUGCAAAUUUGCACGUACCGAAGUGGAAUUCUUAGGACAUAACAUCACAGGUUCGGGCGUGCGGCCGACAGAUGCAAAAAUACGGGCACUACUGAAAGCUCCUGAGCCAACGUAG